AAUUAAUUUACCAUUUGAUUUAAAAUCAUCCUUUCUCUGGCUUUAUGUCUUUUGCCAAGUGCAGUAUAGGUGGCCUCUCGUGGACGCGCUCGGCUGCGCGCCCCUGCUUCGGCGCGGCACCUCCCACUUCUCUCUCCGGCUUGUUAAAGUUUUGCUCGCCUCCUUUACUUCAAUGAGCGCUAUUGUUGAGAAGUCCACGCUCUCCUGCGCACUGACGGAGCCCGGGUCUGUGUCCAUCUCUCCUCUCUGUGUGACAGUGUUCCUGCGCCGCUGCGGCGCUCAGCACCUCCUGCUCUCAACUCUGCUGCGACACAAGAAAAGUUUUUUUUUUUGCAUCGACAAGGUGGAUAAAAGUCAUUUAAAAGUUUGGAUAGAAGCUGCUGUGAGCGCGACUUUUGGAUAACUUUGCCAAGAGUUUCUGGCCUGACGUCACCAUGUUACGUUACUUCCUGCUCUUGCUCCUCUCAUCUGGUCUGGUGUCCUCAGACUGCCCCGAAGACUGUUCGUGCCAACGCCACGGCGCUAUAUUCUGCAUUCAGCGACGCUCAGGCACCGUGCCCCGUGUCCCCACCACAACCAUAGAACUCUACAUCUUUCACAAUGGCAUCAACAUUUUGUCCCAAAAUGACUUUAAAGGCCUGGCGGAAUUGGAGAUGCUAGAUAUGAGCCAGAAUGAACUGACAGAGAUUCCAGACAGAGUGUUUGAGAUGCUGUCAAAGAUGAAGAACUUGGACCUGUCCUCUAACCACAUUACUCACAUUUCCAAAGACGCUUUUUCUGGGUUGGUUCAGCUCGAGAGACUCUAUCUCCAUGCAAAUCGUAUUCAAAGUAUCCAUUUGGAAGCUUUUGAUGGUUUAGAAAUGCUGCUGGAACUGAAGCUCCAAGGGAACCACCUUUCAUCUCUGCCAUCCCUUAAUUUCCCAAGACUUCUGCUUCUAGAUCUCAGCAACAAUAACAUCCCUACCCUUGGUCCUUCAGACCUCCGGACUCCUCACCUGGAGGCCCUUAAAUUGGCAUCUAUGGGGCUUACCACUGUGGAUGAUGAUCUCAUAGCUUCCCUUGGGAAUCUCCAUGAGCUUGACAUCUCCAUGAACCAGUUCACUGAGGUGCCACAGGUCCUGAAGCAAGAUUCCUUCAAGGGGCUGAUCAAGCUCAGCCUUGCAGCCAACCCAUUUGGUGAACUCAAAAUGGAGGACUUCCAGGAAUUGACUGGACUUCAAGAACUGGACCUUAGUGGACUUAAUCUCCAAGGUUUCCCCCAGAAUUUUUUUCAGAUGUUCCCUAGAUUGACGCACUUGACAGCAGCUGAGAAUCCAUUCAUCUGCUUAUGCCCAUUAGCUUGGUUCUCUCUUUGGCUAAAAGAGAGGGGUGGUAUUCUUUCGAGGCCUGAAGAAACCAGAUGUCACUUCCCCCUUGUUAAUGCUGGAAAGAUGCUGUCAUCGCUGGAGCACAAAGAUUUCGGAUGUCCACCUACCACAACAGUGCUGACUGGCUCCGCAACUGGAAGUACUCUUGCUCCUCAGAUGCUCAGCACACCUUCAGAAAUCACUCAUACCAAUGCUAUCCCUCCCCCUCCACCACCCAGUGAGAUAACAGUCUCCUCAAAGGUUACACUUGAACCUUCAGUCUCCCCAAGUUCCCCGAGUGGGGAAUAUGAGCAGCAAUUCUGCCCACCAAAUAUCUGCCUAAAUGGGGGCACUUGUAGUUUUGACCCACUGGGUCAACUCAGCUGUCUGUGUCCUUCAGAAACCUCAGGCUACUACUGUGAAAAUGUGGAUCAAGUUACUAAGCCACCAAAACCACCAGCAACAGAAGUAUUGGUUGUUACCUCUGUAGUGCCUGAACAGGAUGCCAUCAGCUCACGGCAGGUGACCUCCACAUCUAUCCUGCUUGACCUGCACCGCUUCAUUGAAACGCGGCCACACAUCCGUGGCAUUCGGUUGACCUACCGUAACCUCUCAGGGCCUGACCACCGCCCAAUUAUCCUGAGUGUCCCAGCAUCCUACCCUGAGUACACCUUGCGUGGUUUGAGACCCAACUGUACAUACUCAAUAUGUGCCAGUCCGCUGAGAGUCAACUCAAGGGCAAACAGCUCUGUAGAAACGGGGUCCUGCACGGAGGCUCACACUGAAAGUGUUCCAUUAACAUCUGUAGAGUCCAGAGUGGAGACACAGAGCCAGGUCACAUAUACUUUGAUCCCUGCUCUGGCUGCCUUGGCACUUGUACUGGGGUUGGCCGUGGUUGCUGGGACGAUCAUCUGUCUGCGGAAGAGGAGAAAGGCCAAGGCAGGAAAGGAGCUGGAGCUGGGUCCAGCCGACCCUGACCCAAUGGAGCUGGAUGGGUUCAAGGCCUGUCUGGAGAAUGGGGGGAAUGGCACACUUCACCAGAAACAGCCAGAGAUUGACCUCUGUCACACUCCUCAGCCACCUCCAUCCUUGCAACAAAAUGGGAACUUGGAUUACGAGGUACCAUUGAUGCAGGAACACUGCCCAUCAAAUAACAAUCUAGCAACGCUAAAGCCAUCUUACUUUUAAGAUGCAAUAAAUUACAAACACUUGGAAAGAUUGUGGAGAGCGGGUUCGUCCAUCAGUACUUGAGAGAUAGUGGUUUCCAAUGUAGAUUUCAUCCCAAUUUUCAAAUAUCCACAAUUUGGAAAGUGGCACUUACUGGAACUCGUCUACCAUGACACUACAAAAUGGCUCAUCAGUUUUUAAGUUACCAUAUGAUACUGAAUGAUGAAGAUUGCAUUGCAUAUCAGAAAUGUGCAAAACCACUAUAACAGGAUAAAGUCUGAGUUUGAGGGUGAUGAGACCUAAACAAGUGAUUUAACUAAGUGCAAUCAACCAGACUGGUCUACGUAGCAGAGUAAACAUGGAAGUGCCUUUAUGCAUUCACACAACUGUAUUCAACAGCUCAUUUUUAUUUUGUUGUUGUUGUUAUAAAAGAAACUAUGUAAAUGAGCUGUAACCCCAUUGCUGGAUUUGGGAGAUACAGUGAGGACAAAAAUGCCUCAGCGUUUGGGCUACGGAAGUGGAGGAAAUUACUCUUUCAAUGAAAACAGGGAUGCAGUUAUUGACUUGCCGGGACCAGAGGUCCUGGUGCAAAAUGGGGGUUUCAAUCAACUCCAUCUCCUCCAUGGGAAUCAGUAAAGAAGAAGUUGCACUGAAAAAAAAAAAGGAUAUUGCCUUUCCUUUCUUUGGUCCUGUUCUUUUGUCAGGAACUGCUAGAAGAUUGAUGGUCACAUAAGAAAUGCUGUUUUUGUUUUUUGUUUUUUAAAAAGACAAUAAAAGCUGCCUAGAUUCCACAUUUUGCCAUUGACAUUAUCUAAUCUGAAAGUUUAUUCAAACACAGCUUUGGAUUUUUCAGCAUCAACAGAUCCACAAUAAUUCUCUCCACACAUCCAAAAGCGUCUGGCUCCACAGGAGAUAAAUUUGCUGUGAAAGAUAAAUGGACUGAAUGAAAAGCCGUUUUGCCUGCAUUGUUCUGUGCCGUGAUGAGAAGACUGUUUUUAUUUUCUAUAGCAGAUAUCAUGAUGUUCUGUUUUUGUCAUGUGGUUUUUGUAUUUGUAUUGUUUUCUUUUUUUGUGCUGUAAAUGUUCCUUCAGUGUUGCAAUUGUUGACUGUUUAACUUUACUAAUUUUUCCCCCUUAAAAGAGCUUAAAUCAUGCAUUUUCCUGAGCUCAGAAGUGUGAGUGCAGACUAGAAACUAUUUUCUUUUUUUUUUCUGAAAAGAUCUUUACAUUGUAUAUAAAUAUAUCUUCCAAGUGUGAGACACUUUAUUCUCUCUCUGCUAGGUCUGCCGCCCGCUUCUUAAAGACACGGUUAAGACCAACCUCAGACUCUUUUGACUGCCAAAGCUUCCAAAAAUGUGUUCAAAGGCCUUAUUUUGCCACACAGUGCAUUUUUAGACACCAGUUGUUUCCUUUCGGUGCUGCCAACGGUAUCAUUUCAGUUCAUCUCUGCAGUUCAUCUCUGCAUCCAUUAGUUACCUACUGUGUCCUGCCUAUACACUGAUACACUAUACACCUUUUUGGAGGACUGAAAGAAAAUUGGAUCUGACAUAAGGCAAGAGUUAGGAUAAAGUCUGGACAGAUUAGAGUUGCAAGAUGAGCUUAACUUGGACACAUAUAGGCCUUACCUUUACUGUGCUACACACUUGGCCACCAGGAUGCAGUUUUAUGAUUUUAUUUAUGCCACAAAGACAUUUAAGUGUUAAACAGCGACCAAACAAUAAUAGUCAUUGGUCAAUAGUUAUGUAUAUAGCCCAACAUCACAAACACAGCUUGCCUCAAAGGACUCAAAGACUGGAAACAUAUAAAUCACAGAAUGUAAAAAUGUAGAAAGGUAGAUGGUCACAAUCACAGAAAAAUCAACUAAUAUUGAUAUUAAUAUUAAUAUCAAUUCAUUAUUGGGUGGUUCACAGUUACAGGUCCGGGAAAAUGGUAACACAAUGGUGCAGGGUUUUGCCAGAUUCUGGUCUCAUGUGAAGAAUUUUGGCACAAACCACCGACCGCUGUGGGGGUCUGGAAGAGGACAGACCACAAAGAAAAUGAAUGCAUUAGAAUUGAAUACACCUGGAACCACUAGAAGCACAGGCGUUGCACUCUGCCGCUGAACCUGCAUGUCUUUGUAUAUGGGAGGAAACUGUGGCUGCAGAUUUGUUGUCACACAUCCUCGCACUCAUUUUCUAUGCCUCUACUUUAAUCAUUCUGUGUUUGACUGUUGACUUCUUGUGUGUUUGGAGACAUGUUUUGCUUGUUUACUGCCAACCAGACUGUGAAAAGCACCAUUCCAAGGUAUUUAUUGUUUUUCUCUGUUGUGUUUUCUUCCUUGUCUGAAGCUCUGGAAUGUCACUCCUCCUUUUUCUUUUCCGAUCAUGAAAAUGGCAAAAGUACAACAGGUUUACCAGAGAUAUACUUUAGCUGCACUGAGAGCGUGUAGUGUUACAUUCUGAUGUGUAUUUCAGGAACAAAAGGGCCUUUAUUUUGCCUCACAAGACAUUGUAUUAUUUAACAACUAAAGAUGAAGAAACAUGAAAUGUAAUGGCUUCAAUUUAGCCAGUUCAGGCCUUUUAUUUUAUUAGUUUGUGGUCAUUAAACAGUCGAAACAUUAGAUAUCAGUUGGUAUGAUCAGGUGUGUAUGUGUCUGUCUGUCUGUGUGUUUCUCUUUUUCUUCCUCCUCACAAUUAUUGAGUCCGUGCACUUCACUCCAGCACUGUCCAAAAUCAACCUACUGUUCUCUGGCUUCUCAACUUUCUUCACUCUGUCAAUAUUCCAGUGUAAACACAGACACAGAUGCUGAUAUACUCUCCGCUUCCCCUUAAUAUAUCAACUGGAAGACACUCUAGCGGCUCUGGACAGUUGAGCAGAGACAGGAAAUGUUUGAAAUAUCUUCAUCAUGCUUUGCUACGGUAACUUUCCCUUGUUUAUUCAGGGGGAGAAGUUUUCUUUUUCUUUUUUUUUCUUUCACUGUUGUUUCAUGUUUGUUGGGUUACGUCUUUGUGUACAUGUUUGCAAGAAUGCUGAGAAAAGAGCAGUAUUAAAAAUGCCUUAAUGAUAA